AUGUCCUUCGAAUCUCCGCUGCCCCCAUAUAAUGCCUCUGACCCUACAGCCACCUUCCUCAAUUCCUCAUGUCUGGACCUCCUCCUUAUUGAACUCGUUCCUCUAGCCUACCGUACUGUUCACGAACUUGAUGCGCCAGCCUCUUCUUCCUCCUCUUCUCCCAAUCCUUCACAACCCCCGAAAAUGGAAGAAGAUGAGGAACGGGACCGUGUCUUUUUCCGCCUGGAAAGUCUUGGAUAUCGUGUUGGUUUAGGUUUAGUCGAGAGAUUUAGUAAAGAUCGCCCGCGGUUUACGGAUACUUUGGAUGUGAUUAAGUUUCUGUGUAAAGAUUUAUGGAUGUUGGUUUUUAGGAAACAGAUUGAUAAUUUGAAAACGAAUCAUCGGGUACUUAGCUCCUUGCUACUUUCAUCUUUUUGUUUUAUUUUCAGGAGAUAA